GAGGUGGCAGUAGACUGGCUACGGGUUCCUCAGGUAGCAAACUCAGUAGGUACGCAACCCGGUCCCCUGGUGUCCUAGUUACCCCGGUGGGCGGCAAUGCACGUGAUGCCCUCGAGCUUUUUCCCAACGGAGGCACAGAGCUCUCUCGCACGAUGGCUCUGAUACCACUUGUCACGGGCUCGCCCGACAGUUCUCGCAGCCGCCCGUGCGGCAUCCCCAGGGUCUCCCAGUUUUCCCUGGGAGCGGCAUUAGCCCCCGACCAGCUACGGGUUCCUCAGCAAACUUAUUACCCACUAAAUGGAAGUUUAGUCAACAGUAAUGGGCAGCUUGCAAAUAGUCUUCAUGAGGAAG